UCUCUGCCCCUCCACUUCCGCCCCACCAGCCCGCCCGUGCCGGCCAAGACCCUCAGCCUCGCCCUCGCCCCCAAACCAUCUUUAAACUUCUGCCCACUCUUAACGACGAUCAAUGCCUGGCCGGGGAGCCCGCAGGAGGCUGCGGAUUGGCCGGCGCCGCGGUUGCCAAGGUGACGGGUGGGUCUGGCGGGGACCCCGAUGGGUGGGGUUGGUGGUUUGGGGUGGCCGGGGGUUUCCGCCCCGCCGCGCCCCGGCCCUCGCCCCCCGGUGGCGGGAAGGGCGGCCCCCGCGCGCCCUCCGCCGGCCUCCCGUCGGGGCGCGCCGCCCUCCGCCUCCGUCUCCGCCCCCAGGACGUGCGGCCGCCGGCUCCGAGCGCGGCUCCCCUGCCUGCGGCGCGAUGGGCUGCGGGAACUCCACCGCCGCCAGCGCGGGAGCCGGCCGAGGCCCUGCAGGAGCAGCCAAAGAUGUAGCAGAAGAAUCGAUAACGGAAGAUGACAAGAGGAGAAACUAUGGAGGGGUGUAUGUUGGUCUACCAUCUGAAGCUGCCAAUAUGGUAUCCAAUCAAACAAAGUCUGUACGAAAAACUUGCUCGUUAGAGUUUGGAAGGAAUUCCACUCCAUGGGACACUGUAAUGUGCACAGACAUGUUCAAGGAAAUGCUAAAAGGUCCCCUGCUCUGCCUCCCCAUCUCCCCCUCCCUCCCGCAAAAUUCUUAAGUCUGUAGUUAAAACCAUGGGUACGUUGUGAUACUAGAAAGGAAUUGAUUAAACAGUACAGCCGCAUAUGGAACUUUCUGUGGUCGAACUGCAAAAGACAGGCUAACGAGCUGUUGCUGCCCAGCCGGCCUGCUGUGUUCCAGCCACAUUUCACCCUGGCCAUUCAGCAUGGUUCAUGAAGAUCAUGUCUUUUCACUGACACUUUUUAAAUAGUUUUUAUAUAACAAAAUCCUUAUUCUAUUUAUACCUUAAGAGAUAGUAAGGCACUGUAAAUGAAUUACGUACAGUAAUAUAUUUGUUAAUUUUCACUAUUUCUACUUCAUAUUAAUUUUUGGCUCUAAGAUUAUUAAAUUGAUUCCUAUUGUUACCUCUUUCCCUUUUUACUGUUUGGUUUUCAGCUUUAUUUAAAUAUCAGAGAACUUCCUGGCCAAUGUAUUACAUUGCAAUAUUUAAAAACAAACUGCUGAAAUUUGCAUGCCAUAUGCACAUCUUGAUUAAUUUCCUAUUUUCUUUAGGCAAAGACUAUUUAACUACAAAUACUUCAUAGCCAUUGAGUCUCCCAUUCUACCUUGGUGUGAUCACAGGAUCUCAUGUUAAUUCUAUAGUAUUUUCAAGGACUUGUGCCUGACAGUUAGUGGGAUAUUUUGAAGGUUCUUACUUUGAUAAUGACCAUGUGUAUCUACUUACUACUGCAAUGUAAAUCCCUCAAUUUACCAAUGUAUUUCAAUAAUUAAAACAUUUUUAUCCCUCUUUA